AUGUUUUGCGCGAAAUACAGGAGAAUGUGCGCCGACCAGGCUGAGUUCACCAACCAGCGCUUUGAGGUCCAGCAGGAAGAAGAGCCCGAGGUCGGCAACCCCGAGGAUGACCCUUACAACGAGGACGAGGACAAGGACAGCAUCAUCUCUGACAGGAAAGCCGACGAGGACUUCGGCAACGAGUCCGAUGACAACUUACCCGCCAGUGCUCGCCUUUACGCGCCAAAGACUUACUUCACGUCCAUGAAAGUCGGCAAGUGUUACAAGAAGCUGUCCACCCUUAAUGUGCUAAGAACCAGCGGCUGCACGUUGUCGACAAGCCAAGCACUCCGAGCGAACGAUUCUUCAAACAGUUUUCAGGUCAAUUAG